AUGGCUGGCGGGGCAAAGAACCUGGCCCCGAAGCGGCGCCUCGCCUUCGGAGUUUUCUUUUUCCUUUUUGCACUUCGAGCGGGAGCUGCUGCUGCAGUGUCCCUGCACCCCAAGGACCACCUGAAGUGGCCGUCUGCUGCAGCUGCUCCUGCUGCUGCUGCUGACACUCCGGAGCUGGGGGCCUUUGGGACUUCAAAUUUUUUCGAAGUCUUCUCCAGAAAUGCCGCAGCUGCAGCCCCGGGGGCCCCCCUUGGGGGCUCUCAGUGGGGCCCCACUGCCUUCGCUGACUUCGAGGGGCCACCGGCCCAGCAGCUCCUAGCCCCCAGCAGCAGCAGCAGCAGCAGCAGCAGCAGCGGCGGCGGCUGGGGCGUCUCUGCGCUGCAGCUGGGGGGCGAAGAGGGUAGCCAGGAAGCUGAGGGCGAAGCAGACUUGGCAAAGAGUGAAGAAGCAAAGAGUAAAGACUCGGAAGCAGCAGCAGAAGAGGAGGCUGGAGAAGAAGCCAGCAGCAGCAGCAGCAGCAGCAGCAGCGGCGGCGGCAGUCCGGAGGCAGCGGGCAGCAAAGAAGGCGCUGCAGAAGAAGGAAGCAAAACUGAAGAGAAGGCGGCAGAAGAAAGUUCGGAACAAAGGGCAGCAGCAAAAUCGGAAGCUGCUGCUGCAGCAGAAUCUUCUGCUGCUCCAUCUGAAGAAGCAGCAGCAGAAGCUGAAAAAGAGGAAGCAGAAAAAGAAGAGGAGGCGGGCGAAGAGAAAGAAGAAAAAGCUGCUGAGGCAGCAGAGCCCCCAAGCGAGAAACCUGCUGCUGCUGCUGCUGCUGCUGAAGCUCCUGCUGCUGCUGCUGCUGCUGCAGAGAAAGCUGAAGCUGCUGCGCCUGCUGGCGCUGCUGCAGCUGGCGGGAAAGCCCCUGCAGCUGAGGGCGAAGAAGAAGGCAGCAGCGCAGCAGCUGCAGCAAAUGAGAAAACGGAAGAAGAAGCAGCAGCAGAAGAAGAGGGGGCUGAGGAAGCUGAAGGAGAGGGUGCUGCUGCUGCUGCUGCAGCUGGGGGGGCGGAAAAGGCAGGAGCAGCAGCAGCAGAAGCAGCAAAGCCCGCAGAAGCACCAGGAGCAAAAGAAGAAAAGCCCGAAGAGGCAGAGGAAGAGGAAGCCCCUGCUGCAGCAGCAAAACCCGCGGAGGCCCAAAAGGAGCAGCAGCAGCAGCAGCCGGCAGCAGCGCAGCAAACAACAACAACAACAGCAGCAACAACAACAGCAGCAGAAGCAGCAACAACAACAACAACAACAGCAACAACAGCAGCAGAAGCAGCAACAACAACAACAGCAGCGGCAGCGGAGGCAGCAGCACCGCCAACAACAGCAGAAACAGCAGCAACAACAGCUGCAGCAGCAAUAACGCCGACAACAGAAGCAGCAGCGCCACCUGCAACGUCAGAAGCAGCACCAGCAGCACCAACAGCAGCAGCAGCAGCUCAGCAGCCAGAAGGAGCCUUUUUGCCAGCAGAAGAAGGCAAGGCAGGAGGCGCAGAGGAAGUAACAAAGAAAGAGGGGCCCGAAGCAGCCGCAGCAGCAGCAGCAGCAGCAGCAGACUUCAAGGGAAGGUGCUACUCUGAUUUGGCCCUGGAGGCCAUUGAGAAGGAGCAGCAGCUAAUUAAAAAAGCUGCUGAAAAUGUGCACUUCCAAGAAGCGGAGCAGGCCUUCUGCGACGAAGUCUUUCGGCGCAUCGAAGGGCCCUACUCCCUGGGCGAACUCUCCGCGCUGCUGCGAGCAGCAGAUGUGGCCAAUUCGCUCCACAGAAACUUCAGAUACUGCAGAGCCACUCACAGCAGCAGCCCCCCCCGCGUGCGGGACGGGGACUCGAUUUUGCAUGCAGCAGUUGCAGCAAGAAAGCCCCAAGUUGCUGAAGUGCUGCUGCAGUACGGGGCCUUUCCCGAACUCCCUGCAAUCCCGCAGCAGCCGCAGCAGCCGCAGCAGCUGCAGCAGCAGCAGCGCAUGCAGCGGCCCCUCCACGGGCUCAACACCGCAGAGGUGGUGAACGGGAAGCCGCUGCAUGCAGCGGCGCUGCUGCAGGCGCCGGACAGCGUGGAAGCAGCAGAGCUGCUGCUGCAGUACGGAGCGCAUGCAGACAGCCGCGAGGGUUUGGGGCGGACUCCGCUGAUGGUUGCUGCGCUGCACCCCACAGCUCAUUCCCACGAGUUCGUGAAGAAGCUGCUGCUCUUCGGGGCCUCCGUGGAGGCCACAGACAACGCGGGGCUGGGGGCGCUGCACUACGCGGCAGCGUCGGACAACUGGGCAGUGGUGGGCAUUCUGCUGGACCACGGGGCGGAUGCUGCAGCAGCAGACGCGCGGGGCAACACGGCGCUGCACUACGCAGCAGCAUUUAACGCGCACAGCGCAGCAGCGCGGCUGCUGGAGAAAGCAGCAGCAAGUCUGAACAUCAACAGCCGCAACAGCCGCGGCGAGGCCCCCAUCCACCUUGCUGCUGCUCCCCGCGGCUUCCGCGCCGUGCCCAGGCCCAUAGUGCCUGCGCUGGCCCUCGAGGCGCUGCUGCUGCACCACGCCAACCCCAUGGCUCGCGACAAAGACGGAAACACUCCUCUCCACGUGGCAGCGAAGGGCGGCUACGUCGAGAUCCUCAAACGCCUCGUGGCCACCACGGGGGCCCCCGCCGAGGAGAAAAACGCCGACGGGCUCACCCCCCUCGCUCUAGCCGAAAAGGCCGGAGAAGGCCCCGGACUUGAAGAAGUCAAACAGUUUCUGCGGGUCUACGGCGAGAAAAGAAGCUGCGUGGAGCCGCCGAUGGUGCGGCAUUCAACUCGCAUCUUUUCAGACACAGUUCUGGGCCCUUACAUGCGCGUGGGCGACUCGGUGACCUACAGCUGCAACCCCGGCUUCACCAUGCUGGGCCAUCCGAAAGUAACUUGUCAAGAACGCGACGGGAAAAUGGAAUUUGUGCCUUCGGCGCCGUUGUGCGUUCUGCACAGAGAGGUGUCUGGCGCUGCUGCUGCAUGGCGGCUGCUGCCCGUGGGCUCCUUCCUGGGGCUUUCUCUAUGUUUCGCCGCGUUUAUUUGA